AAGCGCCGGCAUUCCACUGCGUUGUUCUUUUUCUUCCACCUCACCGUCCUAGACGAAUUUCCAGGUAUAUUCUGAAUUUGUUAAUGGUACCGAAUCCCUUACUGAUACUAUGCGGUAACAGAUACCAUCCAACGGCAGAGGUACGGUUGACGGAACCAAAUCGACGCCCUAAUUGACAAGUGCGCACCAACAGAGUCCGAGGUACUUUGUACCAUGGAAUCAUCUUCUGUCGCCGAACAGCGGGCUACAGCCGUAGCCAAACUCAAACGUGCUGCUUCCUUACCUCGAAUGAGGGACGGACGACGACCACCUAUGCAUACCGAGGCCGUCAGCGAAGGCGAGAGGGCUCAGAAUGACGAAUCGCCAGACGGAGAACGUGAACCGGAUUCAGAUGAGAAGCCCGAAGAGAGGAUGGAACCAGAUGCACACACGACCUUGCAAGAGGAAAAGCCAGGCGAGGACGGUCAUUCUGUUGAACAAGUUGCGGAGGCGUCAGCGACCAAGGACUCUGAUACGGCUGAGGCGCCGCCGCCGGAGAGACCCACUACGCCAUCUCGCAGACGGCGUUCACGCGCUCGGUCAAGAGGAUCGAAGGACCUGCGAAAUAAGCCUCAGAAACCAUCUGUGACCACCGCCGAAUCGUCAGCGGAUGAGUACAAUCCACCCGCAGGUGGCGAAGAUGCACCUCCUUCCCCGCCUCUUAUCUCUCCAAUUCCUUCGCAUUAUGCCGCAUUCCAAACAUCACGUCUUCUAAGGUCGCCCGUAUCCCCUGUACCUCCUCUAUUCUAUCCCGGAACGAGUCCUUCGACUCCUAUGCUACCUACCCUAGAUGAGAUACAAAAGGGAAUCGGUCUGUAUCGUUCCAAUAGCGCUGGUGCAGCCAGAGCAAUGGCCAUGUCGAAACUUGUUGGAGGGAAAGAGCCUGUUGAUAUGAGCUUUAUCUCGCAGUCAUCAACACCUCCUUUGGGAAGAUUAACAAGGAAUAACACCGUUGCUGGCGGUGAGCGGAUUGAGGCGCGUCGGAACCUGCUGAAUCGACUGCAUGGCCGACUCAAUAACACCGAUGGAGAGGUAACAAGUGGCGGAGAGGAGUGCACUGUGCAAGCAACACCACCACCACAUUCCAAGCGCAGACGCAGACGAUCACAUAGAAGCUCAUCUCGUGCAUCUACAGUACUAGACGAUCGGGACGAUCGGGAGCAACCACCUUCUACCCCGCAUUAUACACCUCUUGUUCCCCCCGCUCCGUUAGCCUUAGAUGGCAACACUCCAUCAGAACCGCCUUGGCCGCCACAGAAACAGAAUGAAGCUACAUUCGAGUAUGAGUCCCCGAUGGGAGGUCGCGGUGUCUUAGUCGAGCCUGAGGAUGAUGAUUUAUCUCCUCCAAAGCCUUAUGGUUUACCCGCUACACCAUCAAGGGGACCAGGAGUGCGAAUGCCUCAUGCGUCAGACGCUCCUUCAAGCACUUCCACUGAUUCUGCGCCAGGCUUGUCUGUUCCUGUAUUCAUAUCGAAAUCCGACGCCAGUCAGCGCGAUGCGUUUCCAGCGAGUCCUUUUGCGACUCCACUGAAGGAGAAACCUUUUGGAGAUGGUGAUGAAGAUGAGGAAAGUGAUGCCUACGCCGAGCUCAGGAAUAGGAUGACACCUGUGACCAGGAACGCGUUCGAACGAGAUAGCAAGAUUAGUUGGGAAGCCGACCCUUUGCCUCGCAUGCCCAUUCAUGACGAUGACGACGAAGAUGAGGAUGACGAGGUCCCGCGACACGAGGAUGAUACAUUCCGAAGCAACCAGCUAGUUGUUUCUACGGAUAGACCAUUAUCUCCAGCGCCGGAGGACAACUCUGCGCUAUCAUCGCCUGUUUCCAAAGAGGUCGUGGUGGAAAUUGAAACUUCGCCGGAACCUACACCAGGAUUACCUCCACCCUCACCAUUCUCUGCGGUUCCUCUGUCCACUCCUGCAACAAGCGAUCGACCCACAGUUGCUGGUGCAUCACCGUCUAUCUACCCCAUGCGUUUGUCCGUCGCAUCCCGAAGCCAAAUGGAACGUUCGUUGUCGGCAACGGAAUUCCCUGAUGACGAAGGCCGCGAUGCUGCACCCAAACGUGGUGGCGAGAGCACAUGGGAACGCGUCAAGAAUUCGUUCAUCACCAGAACUGGCUCAAGCAAUGGUCGUCGGUCUCGUACGAAUAGUAUCAGUGCACGCGAUCGAAGGUAUAACACAGACUCUAGCAUCAGCCGGGAAAGUGGGGCUAGCUUAGGAUCUGCUAAGCACGACAAAGCCGAUGGCAUAUUUGCAUCACAGCAGGGUCAACAGAGUCAGCAAAGUCAGCAAAGUCCCCUCAUGCAGACGCCUUCUGCUUCUGGCUCGAUCUUGUCAUUGGCACCCCACCCUGGUCCACCGCUUGGAGGUGUUUCUCCCAUACCCCCGGCAUCAUCUGCAGACCUGCUCAAAUAUACCGACUCUAAACUCUUCCCGUUCCCUGGUAUGAAACAGUUGGAGGAGCAACGUAAUCGAGCUAAAGGCAUGGCUGCAUCGUCUCCAGAUAUCGCACAAUAUGCUAAUGGUCAUUUCAAUGGCAUGGAAGCCAUCCCGAGUUCGGGGUCAUCAUCUAGUGCUACUACUCGUUCACCAGAGGUUACAAGGGAUCGCAAGCUAUCACAUCAGGUGUCGGACUCGCAGCUAUUGACGAAAUAUCACAACAUCACCACUCCUCAGGAGCUCGCCUCUGUUCCUUCAUCCGGGUCUCACAUGGACUAUUUCUCUAUUCAGCCGGCUACAACGCCUACUCCAACAUCAGGGUCGGGUUCUUUGAAAUUGCCAAUGACCCGAGAAGGUGUGAAAAAUUGGCUAAAGUCGAGGAUGUUCCCCAACCCAUCGUUGAAUUCGACACCGAACACUCCUUCGAGUCCUCCUGUAGUUGAGCCGAAACCGAGGAACGCUAUCAAGAAACCUUCCUUGUCGGAUGUCCUCAAAGGGAGACGAGAGAAUGACUCUUCUGCUGAUUGGGAGGGGGUUAGACAUGACGAUUCUCGAACACCUACUGGUACGAAUGGGAGUGCGCACCCUAGCAGGCCUAUCCUUACGGCAGCCAAUAAGUCCGCUGAAAUACUCAAUGACCUUGAUCUGAACCGCAUUGCCCAGGAGCCUCACCCUCAUACUAAUCCGGUUGUCCCCGCAUUUGAUACUCAAGAGAACCAGGGUAUAUCUCAGUUCUCACACACCACAUCUGACUACACCGCGUUCCCUUCGCCCCCUGAGCCACCGUCAUCUACCACCCCCGAUCCGCAAUCGUCACUUUCGGAGUACCCAACGCGCUCAACGUCCGAGUCUUUUUCGUCAAUGUCGUCCUCGCGGCAUUCCCCUGACGGUCACAAUGACUACAUUUCUAAAGCAGCCGUUGUCAUGGAACGCUUAGAGGAAGCCCUCGGACAUGGUUCCAAAGGUUCUGGUUGGCCCAGUGCCAUUGAUGCACCUCCUAGGAAGCUCGUACUCUCUUCGCCGGUUCUCCAAGUCGCGAACGCGAAUACCGUGAAGGACCGUUUCCUAUUCCUCUUUAACGACAUUCUUGUGAUAGCGAAGCCUAUUAUGCAUGAUCACGAUGGGUUGCUGGACCCCUCCAAGCCAAGUCCGCUCGAUCGGAAAUUCAUCGUGAAGAGCGUUGUUUCGUUGCGAGAACUCAAGUUCAGUGCCGAUCGAGACGAGUCGCGAACGAACACAACCGCGUCAUCAUCCAACUUCACACGCCAUCCAGUUAUUCGUAGCUUUGUCCAUCAGUUUACCAAGGAUCCUGACCGCGCUAUUUCCGCAUUAUUUGAAAAGUCAAAUACUCGGGACGACCCGGUAGCGCUCGGCCAGCUUGUCUUCCGGACUAUAGAUAUCGAUCGCGUCCAGCUGGGUGAUUACCUUGCUCGGCGGACGUCGAAGGUUGUCCUGAAGGCAUUUGUUGACGGUUUCGGUUUCGUUGGACUACGCAUCGACAAGGCUCUCCGGGUGUUCCUGCUCUCGAUAUGCGUUCCACCUAAAGUGAAUGCAUUGGAUUAUCUAUUGGAUACUUUCGCGAGUCGGUGGUAUGAAGCAAACGCGCGGAUAGUGGCGUAUGACAAGGAUUUGGCGAUACGUUUGGUUCGGGCCAUCGUACAGCUGAAUGAAGUCAUGCAUGGCGGGAUAUCCCAGACACCUGGUAAUACAGGUUAUCCGAAGCGCAAUGUUUUGGCUCUUGAUUUCAGGGAGGCAUUCAGGCGAUUCGAUCCAAGAGGUCUCGUCUCUGACGACCUCCUGGAUAAGAUCUAUGCUUCGGUUCGCCGGGAGAAAUUGUACCAAGCUCGUAACCUGCAUUCGCAGACCCCAGUUCCUGAGGUCACCAUCAUUAUCAAGCGACCACUUCCUUCUCGACUGACAUAUCGCGUGCAUUCGGAUCCCAUUGUCCUCCGCAUACCUCAACCUGACCCGCAGCUAACCAUUCAACUGUUUGGUCAGGACCUCAUCUUCGAGCCUGCGGUACUCAACUUUGCGAAGUCGUGCGAGGCGUCGUUCAGGGUUACAGGGUCUUCACUAGGACCAAAGACGAUAAUCAUGUGGCGAUCAGGUCCCAAUGCACUGGCAUACUCUGGACUCCCUCUCAGCAGUCCAGUGAUAGUAGAGAGGGCUUUCAUGCGAAGCACUUUCCAGCUUGCUUUCCUGAAUCACGAGGGUCAAAAACGGAGGUACAUGUUCAGCGUUGACGAUCCUCUCAUACGCCAUCCGUGGACCGUUUCGAUACAGCGCCAAAUCGACAUUGCUGGAAGUCAGGCGGGACAGGCCUCGAAGCCUCUCCGAGCCGCCGAACAGAUUGCCUUCCGGGUCCUUCAGGAUACCUUGAUCGGUUCUGAUGUUGAAUCGCAUCAGUCUCCGGUGGAUGAAGCUUUUGAACGUCUGACCGGUGAAGCAUCGACCAAUCCUUCAUCACGACGUGCUCCCCUGGAUAAGUCCCCAGCGCAUGCACGGUCAAAGUCGAGAAGCCAAGUCUAUCAUCGCCAUGGUGCUGGUAAAUUGGAACCAGAAUCUAGCGAUGAGUUGGACCAGACGACUCGCAACCGCUUGUUGCCUCUAUUACGAACUCCUUCACGACUUUGGAGUGGACGUGAUCUGGAAGUGAUCUGUCAACAGAAUAGCGCUAUUCCUUCCCUCAUUGCGUACCUGCUAGAUGUGCCGCACGGCGCAUCAACAAAUGGCACAUCAACAAACACUCCUUGACCAACUCAAUUCCCCAUUGUGUAUCUAUUUUCGUUCCUGUUAUCGCCUCACGUCCCAUUGCUAUCAUCCUACGCUAUGUAUCAUCACUUCUGCUCGGACCGUCUCCCAUUUCCUCCGAAUUUCGCUAUAUAUUUGCUCAUUUAGAUACAUUAUUGUUGCAUUUCUUAAUACUUCUUUCUCCCUCCUUCUUUGGGAUCUACAUGGUCUGCUCGUCCAUUCUCUUAUUUCAGUGUACUAUAGCAGGACGUCUCGGAAUUCCCUCAUAUCAGCUCUCCCUUCUUUCUUCUGCAUAUCCCAAAGAGGAAGAGGGUGCCUACAUAUGGAAAGGUGUGCUCCAUAUACGGUAAUCUUCCCAUUGCUCCUCAAAUUCCCAUGUGUAUGUCUGCAAACUUCACUUGUAAGAAGCUGCGCAUGCUCUUUUAGAUGUCUCUCGAAGCGUGCAGCUACCACCGAAAUGUCUGACAUCUAUUAACGAUGCAGUCUUACUUCCAAAGCAAAGAAGACAACGGAAAAGACCUCUUCGCAAGGAUAAUUGCAUCAUGAAAAGUAAAGAGACCGUGAGUCC